ACAUACCGUGGAGAGUUCGCGCCAAUUGCAAGCCGACAUCAACGCUAGUUCUUUGGAACUAAUGCACAAGCCCCGCGUUCGGCUGAGCCAACUCACAACCAGCUUUUCUCGACGGUAGGUUCUGAGAGUGAGUACCUCUGCCCCUUGCUGGCUACAGAGAACCGGUUCUGUAUCGAAAGGGUCAAUGCAAAUAUGAGGAGGUUGAAGGAGAAGGUCUCACACGGUCGGGAUCGUAUACGGCACAAGGAGACGAAUGGCGAUCGUGGAUCCACAAGUUCGAGCCGCACACGGCACAACCCCAAUCAGCCUACAGAACAACAGUCAAAAGAAAGCGCGACCUUGUCGGUGCUCUGUAGAGACUCGACCCCGAAAGAAAACGAUCAUUGCGAGGACCUUCAACCGCAGGAUGUCUCCCAAGGCAACUCGGCAACACUACCCAAACACAUCCAGCACAACGAUACCCAACACUCGCUCAUUCACGUGGCGAAAGAAGAAGACACAGAGGAGUCAAAUUCGCACGAACCAUCAAAGAAGGAUCAUCACAAUGAAGCACAACCGCGAGACCUCUGGAACGAAGCCUUCGAAAAACUAUCGCCUGCGACCCAAGCCCAACUUCGGGCAUUCGGCUACGAACCGGUCUCGGCAACAUCGCAGCAGGAACAAAAUUUGAAUGUCAUUAUUAAAGUCCUGCAGCAGAAGCAGAAGCAGUGCGAAGAGGAGGCCUGGACAUUUGACGUCGGGCAGCACAAGAUCAUCGUGCGCGACUACGCGUCCACAUGUGCGACCUGGGUGCAGUUGAUCGGCGAUCUUGUUGUUCCGUUUGCGCCCUCGCAGGCGGCAGGGCCAUGGGUUCUGAUCAGAAAGGUUUUAAAGGCAAGUCCCUGGCUGUCAUAGCAAUGCGUCCCUCAUGUUCUGCUUUGCGGUACCUGGAUUCCGGUCUCCUGUCUGUGCUCUUGUGCCCAGUCAGUCCAACGACCGAAGGAAGAUUGUCUAUAAGAUCCAAUAGUCUCUCAAUGACGAGAUAUCAGAAUCUAAUUCAAAGACUCAAGUCUCGCCAUGCUCGUGCGGUAGGUCAGUACAGAACCCCGUGUCUAGACCCAUCCGGAGAAUUAAUGCGAGAUAUUGAGCGUGAGAGG